AGAGUUCAUGAAACCACGAUCACCCUCGCCAAACUCUUCAGGCAUAAUCACCAUUUACUCCACACAUCGUCAGGCGGAAGCAACAUAGUCUUGCGAGCUAUCAAUCAAUCGUAAGCACUCGUUCUUCACUGUAGUUCAUAGCUGCUCGAAGCUCGCAUGUUUCAUCAGUGAAGGCGAUAGCUUGUUCAAUGUGCACUCGUAGUCGUACUCUCUGUCUUUGUCUGCAUCAGAACCUACACGAAUACACAGGAUGCGUGUUGCACUCGAGAUUGGGGAUUGGCCUUAGGUUUCUCGAGGAAGCGAAUUGAAGAUGGAGGGUGAGGAUGAGGAAGUGAAGAAGAGACGCAUGGUCGAAGCCCGGGCGAGGAACAUUAGUCAUAACGUGCGCUGCACCGAGUGUGGUAGCCAGUCCAUCGAAGAUUCUCAAGCUGAUAUCGCUAUUUUAUUGAGAAAGUUGAUCCGCGAUGAGAUCCAAUCUGGCAAAACUGACAAAGAGAUUUUUAAGAAGCUUGAGGAGGAUUAUGGAGAGACGGUUCUUUACACCCCAAAGUUUGAUAUGCAGACUGCAGCCUUGUGGCUGUCGCCGCUACUAGUGGCAGGUGCUGCUGCUGGGGUAUGGGCCUACAAUAAGCACAGGCAAAGGACAAACGUUCACAUCAUGGCUCUUAACCUUGUUAGAGGAGUCCCACUCACGCCAAAGGAGAAGGAAACCAUGCUCGAUCUUCUCACACCACCUCCCUCCCCACGAGGAGCUCCAUCCUCAUGGUGGAAGAGGUGGCUUGGCCAAUGAUUUGUAUCAUCUCGCUUUGAACUGCUGUCUUUGCAAUGGUAGUAUGCUUACAUUCUCAUGGGAAGUCAAUUUUAGAUUCUUUCUUGUCCAAAGAUGAAAGCUGUACUAAAAUUGAGUGUAUGUUCUCGAAGAAUUGGAUAGAGGUCUUGCGGGAAUUCCGUGAGAGAAGUGGAUGGUGUGCGAAAGUAUUAGUUCAAGUCUCAGUUUAGUUUUGUGUAUGCAAUAAAAGUGAUCCUCCAUAUUUGAA